UUAAAAAGAAAAAGUCCUGCCAAAUUAUACACAAACACUAUCCACAGACAGACAAGCCAGUUUCUUUAAGAAAUAUCUGUGGUUUUACUGUUUAUAUACUGUGCAUUGAUCACUUGAUUUGAAAUUUCAAAAUGACGAAAUUCACCGCAGCAGCCUUUGUUUUUCUGACAUGCAUGACACUGCUGUUCACAACAGAAGUAAUCUCAGCCAGACUACAGCUACGCUGCCAGUGUGUUAAAAUGUAUUCGGGAAAACCAAUUAACCCUAAACUAAUACAGACUGUACAAAAGAUUCCUGCUGGAGCACAGUGCAAAAACAUGGAGAUCAUUGCCACUCUGAAAAAUGGACAGAUGUGCCUCAAUCCCGAAAAUGAAUGGGUGAAAGAGAUCACCAAAGAAUAAUUUCCCAUCUGUGUUUGAAUGCAGAAGUUAAUGGUUUUUCUUACUGCAUGUUGUAGCACACAUUUUCUUCUGCAUAUUUCUGCAGACCUGUGAAAUGCAUCAGUUAAAUGCAAAUAUACUCGUAUAAUCCUCAUUGCAAAACUCUUUGAAUGCAGGUGACUUGGUCAAUAGAGAAACACGUUCUGACAAAACAAAAUUUUCAUUUGCAUGGCAGUCUUGUCAUUUUGGUUAACACUCUAUUCUAACACUCUAACACUGACUAACAUUUCUGACUAACACUGCCAGUCAUUCCAUAAAUAUGGAACAUUUUGUAAUGUAGAAAAUACAUAUAAAAAAUAAAGAUUUUUGUUGUUGUUUUU